ACAAGAUUUACGUUUGAGUGAUCGUGAAUGAUCAUUGUACCGUACCGAAUUGUUGCUUCCGAACUGCCUGUUAUUGCCUACGUGGCUUCGUGGAUUUUUAACGCAACCUAGUAGAUUUUAGACUCGUCUUUAAGAACUUUGAAACAAUCACCAUGACGAGAAAAAUAUUAUCAAUCUUGCUGGCCUGUUGUUCACUUUUUGCUGUACGUGUUGAAGCAUUUUACUUGCCAGGACUUGCUCCGGUUUCCUUUUGCACCCCGGACAUUCAGAAAGCUCACGCAGAAGACCCUUCAUAUUGCAAGAGUGACGUCCUUCUGUUCGUCAACAGGUUAGACUCUGUAGAAAAUGUCAUCCCUUAUGAAUAUGACAGGUACGACUUCUGCCAGACCAAGCAGGAGUAUUCCCCGUCUGAGAACCUCGGGCAGGUAGUCUUUGGUGAGCGCAUCCACUCGUCACCGUACAACUUCACCUUUGGCCAUAACAACCCGUGCCAGAAGGUCUGUACGAAGAGCUACAAGGCUGAUGGCGACGAGAAGGCAAAGACGGAGACGAAGAAGACGCUGAACUUCUUGCUCCGAGGCAUCGAGCUGAAUUACCAGCACCACUGGAUCAUUGACAAUAUGCCAGUCACAUGGUGUUAUGAGGUACAGGGUGGCUCAAAAUAUUGUUCUCCUGGUUUCCCUAUUGGAUGUUACGUGGAUAAAGAGGGCAACCGCAAGGAUGCAUGUGUCAUUGAUGCCCACUACGAGCAAGCCUCGCACCACUACAUCUUCAACCAUAUCAACAUCACCAUCGCCUACCAUCCUACCACUGAUCAAGAAGGCAUUAAUCGUCUCGUUUCUGCUAAGCUUGAACCGCUAAGUAUGAAGCACAAGAAACCAGAUGAGUGCAUCUUCCCUACCAGUAUUGAAUAUGAGCCAAUGUCACUUCAGAAAGCUGAAUUAGCCAAAGACUGGGAGAUCACUUAUUCUUACUCAGUAAACUUUGUGCCAAACACCCAUGUUCGUUGGGCUUCUCGUUGGGAUUACAUCCUUGAAUCCAUGCCACACACCAACAUCCAAUGGUUCAGCAUCAUGAACUCUCUUGUGAUUGUUCUGUUCCUGUCCGGUAUGGUCGCCAUGAUCAUGCUGAGGACACUCCAUAAAGACAUCUCUAGAUACAACCAGCAAGACUUGGAGGAAGCCCAGGAAGAGUUUGGUUGGAAGCUUGUCCACGGUGACGUCUUCAGGCCACCAAGAAGCGGAAUGCUUCUGUCCAUCUUCUUGGGAACCGGCACCCAGAUCGUCAUCAUGACCUUCAUUACACUUGGUUUCGCUUGUCUUGGUUUCUUAUCACCUGCCAACCGCGGUUCCCUGAUGACCUGCGUCAUGGUUCUCUAUGUCCUUUUGGGAUUCGCCGCUGGAUACGUCUCCUCAAGAAUGUACAAAACAUUCGGCGGUGAGCGCUGGAAAUCCAACGUCCUCUCCACCAGCUUCCUGAUCCCAGGAAUCAUCUUCUGCAUCUUCUUCAUCCUGAAUCUCCUUCUGUGGUAUGAGCACAGCUCUGCAGCCAUCCCUUUCAGCACCCUGGUUGCCGUCCUGGCCCUCUGGUUCUUUGUCUCAACCCCCUUGGUCUUCAUCGGUUCCUACUUUGGCUUCAAGAAGAGGCCUAUUGAGUUCCCUGUCCGCACCAAUCAGAUCCCUCGUCAGAUCCCAGAUCAGUCUUUCUACACACGCCCCUUCCCCGGUAUCAUCAUGGGGGGUAUUCUCCCCUUUGGAUGCAUCUUCAUCCAGCUCUUCUUCAUCCUCAACAGCAUCUGGUCUCACCAGUUCUAUUACAUGUUUGGUUUCCUCUUUUUGGUGGCUAUCAUCUUGGUCAUCACCUGCUCUGAAGCAACUAUUCUCCUCUGCUAUUUCCAUUUAUGUGCCGAGGACUAUCACUGGUGGUGGCGCUCUUUCAUGACGAGUGGUUUCACCGCCAUCUACUUCGCCAUCUACUGCAUUCACUACUUUGCCUCAAAACUGACCCUUCACGGCUGGGCGAGCACAGUCCUCUACUUCGGCUACACCUCUAUCAUGGUCAUCCUUUUCUUCCUCUUCUGUGGUACCAUGGGAUUCUUUGCUUGCUUCUGGUUUGUGACCAAGAUUUAUGGCUCAGUCAAGGUUGAUUGACUAAGUAGCAAAGUAGGCCUUUCAAAUAAGAAGGGACUUUCCCUUAAUGAGGGGUUUUCCCCUGUAAAGGGAACUUCCCAUAUUGAGGAAAUUUCCCCCUGUCAAGAGAAUUCCCCAAUUAUCACAGUUAUAGAAGAAAAGGUAUAAUGCUUGUGAAUAUAUAUAUAUAUAUAUUCAGGAUUUGAAUAUUUUACUAUUUGUUUCAUACAUUAUUUGAAAUAUCUCUUUAAACUAGGAUGUUUUUAUUAGGUUUUGAUGAUUAUAUUUUUUUUAUCAAAGACAAAGUCUGUAGUAAAGCAAGACCAACUGAUCUCAUGCUGAUAGCAAAAUUCUUUGGCUUUUCUUACAAACACAUUCAAGGAAUUUCUUUAAGCGUUAGGAAAAAGUGUAGAGGGUUUAUUUUAAUAAAUAGCUUUUAUAAAUAAAGGAACGCCCACUUAAGCAUAUUUUGGUCGAUAUUACGCCCUAUUUUGUUUUCAGUCAAAAGGAACUUGCCCCCCCCCCCUUUAACAAAACUCUUGUCAAAAUGAUGUAAAUAUUAUAUAGGUUCUUGAUCAAACUUUUGCUAUUUUUGCAAUUGUUGCAGUGAUUUAAUUUGCCUAUUUAAUGAAAAAACAUUCAUUAAAGCUGCAAUUGUUUAUAUGCUUAUUUGUGUGUAUCUUCUCUGUUUUCCCGUAGUAACAUUUAUUUAAUGUUCUGCAUGUAAUGUGUAUUUCAGUGUGUAAGAUUUCAUACAGCGUUUUACGCAACUAGCACAUACCACCCAAUCUGAAGCGUGCAUUCAUAUGAUCACAAAAACCAAAUCAGCUGAACUGAAAAAUGUUGACAAGUUUACACUUUGUCUGGCCAUGUCAUUGUACGGCAUGGCUUUGCUGAACUUUUGCACAGAGAAAGAUGGUGUAUUGCCUAAUUCACUGCAAACAAUAAGAAGAUAUGUUUAUAUUAUUUAUAUCAAGUAUAUUGAGCUAUUCAGACACUGAAUUAUAUGUACAUAUAUUAUGUUCAUGUUGUAACAUGUAAAUGUUUAAGAUUUCUGACCAGAAAAGAAUGCUUGUUAUUGUAUUUGGAACUAAUGCUAACGCUCUUUCAGAAUGAAUCUUUUAUGUUAUUCUAUGGUUAAGUACAUUCGCUUUUGUGACAAUCGCAAUGGAUUUAUAGGUUGCUCUUGCAUAAGGCAAUAAGUCAGAGAUGAAUCUUGGUAUUUAAAGGUAACUUAAGGUCACGAGACUGCAACCCAAUUUGGAAUAAAACAUAACAGAUGAUGCGACUAUUAAACCAUGGAACAUGGACUUAUAUUAAUAUCAAGUUCUGUGAUUUUGCUACUCUUAUUAGAAUGAAAGCAAAUUCAAUAUCUAAUGACAUUGUAUCAUGAUAUGCCAUGAUUUAGAACCAAUAUUGCCUUUCUAAAAUUCAGGCUUGCAAUCAUAAAAGAUAUUCGCAUUAUUUUUCUUACAUUUACUUGACACCUCAAAUAAAACAAUUCUAUAAAUUCAUGUUUUAGAAAAUAAGCAAAAUGUGAUUUGUUUCAAAUUUGUGUUCACCCUGUAGCCUUCAUAUUGCGUUGACUUGGUACACAAGAAUGCUGCUUCAUUAAUAGUUGUGGCAUUAUGCGUGAAAUAUCCUAGGUUUGCUUGUGUGAUUGUCACCAAAGUGAAUUGACAUGUUACGAGUUUGUCAAAUCCAUGAAAUAUUCUUCCCUUCUCAAUUAUGAUGUUCUCUUCUAUUUGCACCCAAGAUUGUGAAAUCAAAUUCUUUUCCACAUUUUGGAAUAUUUUGAAUAUUUAUAUUUUAUUUUCAUUUUUUUACACAUAUUUCAAUUGCAUUCACAAUUAAGUUUUAAAUCCUUGUGUUUUAAGGUCCAUUAUACCAUUUGAUGGUUUUUUUUAAUGUUUGCUUAAUAAAAAAAAAAUUGAUGAAAAAGGUUCCAACCCACGGUACACACCCAUAUGAAUCAGAUUACAGUUUAUAUACCGUUUGCAUGAAAAGUGUUAUGCAUAGCGAACAGAAAGUAGCAAAUCAAAGCCAUAAUAGAAAACACAUGAUGAUGUAAAGCUUGGCAAGCUGUAUAAAACAAGACCCUCUUUUAAGGGCUUGCAUCUUGCAAUGAAAGAACCACUGUCAUUCCAAGAUGAUAAAUUUAGGAUAUCUAUUUUCUUAAUACCUUGUACAGUAUAAACCCUGUAGAUAUGAUUUGUGAUACAUCUAAUUCAGAU